UGCCAGAGAAAGGAGCGUGGAGCGUCUGGCUCGAGCAUCCGUGAUUUACAUUUCCGUUGUAGCUGUGCACCAGCGACUCCUACUCAGUAACGGCACGAUGGCUGAGGGAGGCGGAUCCGAAUCGGGUAGCGGGGCCGACCCCGAUCCGGAGCCGGUGUCUACUCAGAUACUCGUACCUACUACCGAGAGCCAAAAGCAGACCAUUGGGUUACUUCUAAAGACACCGCUGCGAAAGGGAGACGAAUGGUACUUGAUUGACUGUCGGUGGUUUAAACAAUGGAAGAAAUAUGUCGGAUUCGACAGCUGGGAUAUGUACAACGUUGGAGAGCAGAAUCUUUUUCCAGGACCUAUCGACAACUCUGGCCUUUUCUCAGACUACGAGACUCAGACACUGAAGGAGCACCUUAUAGAUGAGCUGGACUAUGUCCUGGUACCCACAGAGGCUUGGAACAAACUUGUUUUAUGGUAUGGGUGCUUAAAUGGCCAGCGCCCCAUUGUCAGAAAGGUGGUGGAGCAUGGCUUGUUUGUGAAGCACUGUAAGGUGGAAGUCUACUUGUUGGAGCUUAAUUUGUGUGAGAAUGACGACCUGGACAAUGUAGUGACGCGACACUUCAGCAAGGCUGAUACCAUAGACACAAUCGAAAAGGAGAUGAGGUCUUUGUUCAAUAUCCCGACGGAGAAGGAGACCCGUCUGUGGAACAAAUACAUGAGCAACACGUACGAACAGCUGAACAAGAUGGACAGCACUGUACAGGAUGCUGGGCUCUUCCAGGGCCAGGUGCUUGUGAUCGAAAGGAAGAAUGAAGAUGGCACAUGGCCCAGGCAAGCAACACAUUCAAAGUCCAGCACAACCACGUCUCGGAACUUUUCUACCUCUCCAAAGCUCUCGUCCAACUCCUCAACCACCACCUCUUCAACAGUGACCAACGGGAACAACGGCAACAACUCGAAUUAUGUACUGAACAACAGCACCUCCUCUGGCAGCAGGUUGGGAGGCUAUAGCUCAUACAGUUCAUCCUACAACUACAAAGAGUCCCAGGCCCAGCCAGGCCUGUGUGGCCUCAGCAACCUGGGCAACACAUGUUUCAUGAACUCUGCUUUGCAGUGCCUGAGCAACGCGUCUCCACUCACGGAAUAUUUCUUGAACGACCGUUACCAAGCGGAGAUCAACCGAGAGAAUCCACUGGGAAUGAGGGGAGAGAUCGCAGAGGCAUACGCUGACCUGGUCAAGCAGAUGUGGCUCAGCAGAAGCAGCUUUGUGGCUCCCCGCACCUUUAAGACCCAGGUGGGACGCUUUGCGCCCCAGUUCUCAGGGUACCAGCAGCAGGACUCUCAGGAGCUGCUGGCUUUCCUUCUGGAUGGGCUUCAUGAAGAUCUGAACCGGGUCAAGAAGAAGCCUUAUCUGGCCCUGAGGGAUGCAGAAGGCCGGCCUGAUGAGAUUGUAGCAAGGGAGGCCUGGACAAACCAUCGCCUACGCAACGAUUCCAUCAUUGUGGACAUAUUCCAUGGCCUCUUCAAAUCCACUCUGGUGUGCCCAGAGUGCUCCAAGGUUUCAGUGACCUUUGACCCCUUCUGCUACCUAACUCUACCCCUGCCGAUGAAGAAGGACCGCACCAUGGAACUGUUCCUGGUCCGCUCAGACCCCCAGUCCAGGCCCAUGCAGUACAGGGUGGUGGUUCCCAAGCUAGGCACAGUAGCUGACCUGUGUGGAGCCUUGUCUACUCUUUCUGGAGUUCCCGCGGAGAAUAUGGUCGUGGCUGACGUGUACAGCCACCGGUUCCACAAAAUCUACCGACGGGAAGAUGGCCUCAAUCACAUCAUGGAGAAAGAUGACAUCUUUGUUUAUGAGGUGGAGGAGGAGGACGAGAAGAGGAUCAAUCUGCCUGUGUACUUCAGAGAACGGCAUGUGAAGCACACAGGUGGCUCCGCGGGCACCAUGCUCUUUGGCCAGCCACUUUUCAUCACUGUUCCUCGCCAGAACCUCACUGUUGACCUGCUGUAUGAAAAAGUGCUGGAGAGAAUCGGGCGCUAUGUAAAACAGCCCCAAGGGUCACCAUCUGAGGGGAAAGCCUCAGCCUCCAGCAGCAGCCAAGCAGCGGAGUCCGCCACCGCCACCAACCACAAUGUAGACCUUGGGGGAUGUGGCAACCCUCUGUCAGAGGGGGCGUCUUGUAGCUCAGGGUGUACCAAUGGCACUGGCCAGCCACUGGAGCAGCAUCCUGACACCUGCAAUGGCCCCAAUGGGGUUUACGAUGGGGAGGAGGAAGCAAUGGAUCAUCAAGGCAGCCCAGAGCCAGAGAACAGCCAAUCGGAGGGCUCGGGCGGGGAGGAGGAGGAGGAGGAGGAGCAGUCACAGGACCUCAAGAAUGGCCUCACUGGCAGCAAGGACAAGUUCAACACUAAGUCCGUCUCUUCACGGCCCAGACUUUUCUCGUUCAAUAUGGUGAACUCCUAUGGAACGGCCAACAUCAGUCCAUUGCCUUGUGACGGAAAUGUCCUCAAGCUCAACACACAUUCCACAGUGGCGAUCGACUGGGAUUUGGAAAUGAAGAAGCUGUGCUACGAUGACCAGGAAGCAGAGGCGUAUGAGAGGCAUGAGACCAUGCUGCAGCCGCAAAAGAAGAAGGCCACGGUGGCCCUGAGGGAAUGCAUCGAGCUCUUCACCACCAUGGAGACGUUGGGAGAGCACGACCCCUGGUACUGCCCCACCUGUAAGAAGCACCAGCAGGCCACAAAGAAGUUUGACCUGUGGUCUCUGCCGCACAUCCUGGUGGUGCACCUGAAGCGCUUCUCCUACAGCCGCUGCUGGAGGGACAAGCUGGACACCGUGGUGGACUUCCCUGUGAGGGACUUGAACAUGUCAGAGUUUGUAUGUGACCCCAAGGCGGGGCCCUAUGUUUAUGACCUCAUUGCCGUGUCCAACCACUAUGGUGGAAUGGGUGGAGGACAUUACACAGCCUAUGCCAAGAACAAAUCUGAUGGAAAGUGGCAUUACUUUGAUGACAGCAGUGUCUUCCCUGCUACUGAAGAUCAGAUUGUGACAAAAGCAGCCUACGUCCUAUUUUACCAACGCAGAGACGGCGACGGCCCGUCCAGCCCACGCCCCUCCGCCUCGCUGGGGGAGGCCUCUGAGACCGGGGAUGAUCACAUGGACACCAACUGAGAGGCCCGGGAUUCAAGGACAUGCACUGAAGAAAAUCGAGACACAUUAACGCACACACCGAGCUACUUCAGACAUUUAAGACUCUACUGAAUCGGCAUCAUUUCCCACUUUUGCUCAUUUUAUUUUUCAGUUGCCACCAAGAGCCAAGCAAACAGAAGGGAAAAAAAACCCUUAAUAGUUUGAUGUGUGACCCAAGAGACUCUCCUUAGAGCCUGUGGGGUGAUGAUGUGCGAGCCUAGUUUACCUGGAUGGAGGAAGGAAGAUGAAAUGACAAAUUGAAAACCUCUCACUGGACAACCAGAAUGUUAGAUGUUGCCUAAAAUGCAUAGAUGAAAACAAGCAUUUCUGUUACCUACUAGAAAAGGCAUAAAAUAAUAAUAAAAAGCCAAAUGCACACAUUGUUUCAACCAAAGCAUUUCAAGCUGUUCACCCAUGACACAUCUGCCAACUGUACUGCAAAGGUGAGGAAAGGGGAGGGUGGGGGUUGGGAAACAUUUAUCUGUCACAUCUGUCUUUUCUGCCUUUAGCUGUACAUGAAUUGGAGUUCCUCAGUAAAGAGACUGAAAAAUAUGCAGAAUUCUCUUUAAUGUGGGAGGGAGGAAGCAAGUACCAGAAUGCAGCUCACCUCAGACUCGCCUGCAGUGUUCCGCUGUAUCUGCAGGGGCUAGUUUCAGUUCUGAAAGGUCCUGGGCAGCAGUGCUCCACACCUUGCUCGAGGCCUCAGUGGUCACAGUGCAAAGAGCACUUUCAUCUUCAGGAGGUGAAAGAUGCAGCACCUAAGCACCACAGAAGCUGGUUGGCCGGUACUAUGCGGCUCCAUCUUACUUUCCUCACACUGGAAACCGAAAAGGGAGCUAUAUAAACUUCAGCAACUGAAGUGCUGCUCUUUGUCUGUCACACAAACACAGAAGCACCAGCUGCCUUUUAGCAAUUAGACGUGUUCGAUAGCAGGAACUGUUCGAGACUUAGGGUUUUGUAUUUUCUGUAAGGGUUCUGAAGUUGUUUCCUGUUUGGCUUGUAUGUAAUA